GUGGAGCGUGAACUGACUCAAUGUUGACAUCAAGGAUCCCGAAACGGACGAGGAGAUAACACCGACUUUCCUGGGGGCAACAGCCCCGGUCUUGCCCUUUGCAGAGAUCCUUUGGUGACUUUGCAAAGCACGGGGACGAGGCGGGAGCGGCGUGAUAGCGGACAAGUCGCGGUCAGUAACCUUUGACUCUCUACGCCGGCAACCCAGGGCGUCCACUGGUAGAAAAAAAGUUCGCCAUCUAUUGGUUGCUUCAUCAUUUGAGCUCCUCUUCUCGCUGACCUGAAACCUCUUUUCCUUGCGAGCUGGGAUCCUCGGCGCUAUGGAAGUUGCAUCUAGCAUCGGAUCCACUCGCCGGCCGCGCUUGUCCCAGGACGUGGUCCUGGUGGUGUGCGAGUCCGACUCGGAGUGCGAGACGGCGCUGCGGUCGAAGCGGCGCCGCCGCGGUGCCGACCCCGACUUCAAACCGCCUCGCCGCGUCUCGACCAAGGCCACCGAGGUGGAUGACGUGGACUCGGGGACUCCCGCACCUCCUGAACCUCCCAAGCCUCCGGCCCGAAAGCGCGGCCGACAGCCAUCGGUCAGGCUCGACGAGGCCGCGGCCCCUGCCGACCGCUCGCCGGAGGAGGCGACGGUGGACGACUCGGCGCGAGAAGCACCCAAACCUGCGGAACGGCGCGGCCCCGGCCGACCCCGCUCUGUCAAGCCCGACGGACGCGUGUCCUCGACGAACAGCUCUCCGGAGGGGAAGGCAGUGGAUGCCGUCGUCGAGUCGGAGAUGAGCGGUCCGCCGGAGGAGAGGGGAGUGGGCGACGUCGAUCCGGAGGCACCGGAAGCUCCGGCCCCGAAACGCGGCCGACCGCGGUCCGUCAAGACCGACGAAGCCGUGGCGCCUGCAAACCGGUCGCCGGAGAAGGAGACAGGUCCUUUUCCAGAGGAGGCGGCAGUGGAUGCCAUCUUGUCGCCAGAGGAGGAGAGGGUGGGCGACUUGGAUGCGGAGGCGGAGGCUCUACGAUCUCCGGCCCUGCAACCCGGCCGGCACCAGACCGCCAAGGCCGACGAACCCGUGGCCUCUGCGAGCCGCCCAGCUGAGGAGGAGACACCUGAGCCGCAGUCUUUUUGGAGUGCGCUGCCACCAGCAGUCCUCUCCAGGACAUUCUGCCUGCUGGGAAAUGCGGACGUCAUUUCUGCAGGGCAGACUUGCCGGAGCUGGCGGACUGCAGCCAAGCUGCCCUCCGUGUGGCGCCGGCGGCGGCUGGCGUACGACGUGGCCCCCUCGGCGAGCGGCCACUUGAAGCACUGGCUGGCGGACGCCAGGCAGUUCACUCGGACGGUCCGCUUCGCGCCCUGCCUGCAGCGGGUCUACUACCCGAAGACGCUGCCUCUCGCCGCCAGGAGGGCCAUCAGGCAGUCUGCCUGUGAGGUGACCUCGGCCGAGUUGAACGGGCAGCGCAAGGGGACGCAGACCUUCAUAUCGUGCCAGAAGAAUCUGGUGGACCUGGCGCUGGUCAACCCGAACGCCGAGUGCCUGAAGGCGGCUCUGAAGGCGCCACGCCUGGCCAGCCUGGCCGUGGCGUACGACCGUGCGACCUCGGAGUGCAAGUCCCAGGGCAUCGGCACCGUGCCCAGCGGCACCACAGGCAAUCUGCGCAAACUGACCUGCCACCCCGGGGUCGGCCUCCCCGCCGUGGAGGCGCUAGUGCUGGCCAACGCGGCCACCCUGGAGGAGGUCGGGGUGCACUGCCUCCCGGCGGACGCGCUCCUGCGCUGCGAGCGUCUCCGGCACCUGCUGGUGCGCGUGAGGCCCGGCCACGCGGCGGACGAGGCCAAGCUGCGCCGGCUGCUGCAGGAGAGGCAGCCUCUCGACUUCCUCGCCUUCAUAGGCACCCGCGGCCACGCUCAAGCGCCCUGCGAAGCACUGCGCGCCUCCCUCGGCGACCGGGUCGGCACCGGGGCCGUGCUGUGUUGCUGCUGCGACGGCGUGUGCGCCCAGCAGCGACCCGUGUGCGCGAACAGGGUGGCGCCGGAGGACCAGGACGACGCGGAGUUGGACGUCAGGGCCAACGUGUUUCGGCUGUCGGGCCACUGCCAGUGUGUCACCUGCCGCUCGGCGACGGGGGACCAUGAGGACGACGACGACGACUCUGGGGAAGAGACCGAAGGCUGACAGGCAGCGAUCGGCCGCCGCAGUCAACGAUUUUGUGUUUGCGUUUACCUCUGUAUUAGUUUUGUAUUAUCGUAUUUUUUGUUUUAACUUUCGUAUUUCUUGUAUGAACUUCUGUACUUAAUUUAGUUCUUACCUUUGUAUCUACUUUUGUACUUACCUGUGUUUUUACUGUUGAAUUUACUUUGGUUCAUUCCUAGAAGUCUUCGCAAGGUGCAAGGAAAUUGAAAACAGUACUAUUUUUUUGUUUCAAAUAAAAUGUGAACCCAGUCUGGUAAAUUAGUACACUUCUGAACUCUUUGAGUCGUCGUAAGGUGCAGAAAUUUGUGACCGUUUAGUUUUAUGUUUUUAAAUAAAAGACGACGACUACUAAGUCCGGUAAA